GCCCGGGCGGUGACGGGACGCGGACGCCCGCGGGACCCGCUGGAAAGGAGGGGACACGGGGACGUUAACCGCGUCCACAAAUGGCUCCGCGCCGCGUGACGCGGACGCCACGGCCAGAAUGGGCGGGGGCAGGAAAAGGAGCUGCCUUCGGGUGUAGAAGCUGCCUGUUCCCGAAAGGGGAAAAGUGAUGACCAUUCAGAAGCAGGACUGAGAACUGGAUUCUUGGUCCAUGGGCUUCUGGUCACGCUGCGAGGUGGGAGUCCUACCCUGGUGUCCUGUUCGAAAGGAUCCUGACGUCAGAAGCUUUUCAGACUCAGACGCGCGAUGGUGUGGAAUUCCAGGGCGGUUCGUUUUUGAAGAAAUAAGAUUACAGCUUCAGCAGCCGCAUGGCCCACGUGUUCGUGUACGGGACCCUGAAGACAGGCCAGCCCAACCACAAGGUCCUGCUGGACGGCGCCCACGGCCGCGCCGCCCUCCGAGGCCGGGGCCGCACGGUGCAGCCGUACCCGCUGGUGAUCGCGGGGGAGCACAACAUCCCUCGGCUGCUGAACCUGCCGGGGCGGGGAAACCGCGUGGCCGGGGAGAUCUACACGGUGGACGAGCAGAUGCUGCACUUCCUGGACGAGUUCGAAGGCUGCCCAGACAUGUACCAGCGCACCCUGGUGACGAUCGCUGUGGAGGGGGCCGGCGGGACCCUGCAGUGCUUCGUGUACAGCACGGCCACCUACCCGCCCGAGUGGGUCCACCUCCCCUACCACGACAAUUACGACUCGCAGGGGGAGCACGGGCUUCGCUAUAACCCGCGAGAAAACAGAUGAGAGGGCGGUGGGAGGCAGCAGCAGGACAGAGAGCCCAGUGGUUAGAGGGUGACCUCAGCGGUCAGCGCUCGCCAAAUGCAAAGGCCUGAUAACGCUCCUUGAAACGAAAAAAUUGUAAAACCUAAUCUGUUAGGGGAGAAAAUCUUUUUCAGUGGCAGCUGAUUUCCCAAAUAAUUUUCCCACACUGGUAACAAGAUUGUUUCCUGAAAUCUCUCCCUGUCACUGCUUUGUUGCUUGCUGCUUCAAGAGCGCCCUGGGCUUGAAUGCACUGGAUGAGGAAAACUUAGGAUUUUAAUUCCCCUAAAUGACAUUUCAAAAACUUGUAUGUUAUCAUGCUUUUCUUAUUGUGUGGUUUUUUUUGUUUGUUUUUUGGGUUUUUGUUUUUUGUUUUUUUGUUUUUUUUGCUUUGCUUUAAUCUGAAGAUAACAUUUAAAACUGAACGUACAGACUUCAUAUUGCAGCUAGAUUUUAGCAGCCCUGCUGUACUGAUUCCGACCUGAGCACUGAGGGGAAAAAUAAUUUUAAAGCUGAUUUUGGACAUCUCAGUGUAAUAAAAGAACCUCAAGAAAAACA